AUGGAGGCUUUUGCAUUGUGUAAGGGAUUAUUGAAUCCGAAAACCUUCAACAACUUCAGUUUUCUAGUAAAUGUUCUUUGGAUUGUAGCUGGGAUUUUAGGAGUACUGUUAAUCAAAGAAUCGAGGUCGGACUUCCACUGUGAUGUGAACCAUGCUAAAGUCGACUUCGUCACUCAGAAGUGUUUCGUGGAGUACGAGAAGCUAUACAACAAGCUGUCUGUUCCUUUUUACUGUUUUGUGAUUGCUAACUUCUCUUUUCCUGUUAUUGUUUGCAUGAUAUAUUCAACAUGGGCGACGCCAAGAGUAAAGAAACUUGAAAGCGGAAAUAUAGAUGCUAGCACAACUCGAAGAAAACUCUUUAUGACGUACUGUUGUCAACUUGUCACUAGAUUUUGUGUCGGGAUUGUUUUUAUCCUCCUUCUAUUAAAUGAAGUCUUUUGUCCUCGUGAAUUUCCGUUAAACUUCCAGUGUAACCUCAUGAGAGAAGGCAAUCAAUCAGCGAAUACGACUGGGACAGCACAAACUCCAACUUAUGAAUGCAACAAUAAGCGAGCUCAUUUGAAAACCGUAUCGAUCUAUGUCGUAAGUUGCGAGAAUGGAAUUGUUGCAGCUCUUCUUUUAAUUGAGAUUUUCGUUAUUUUGUCUCGGGCAAGAAAAUGGGGAAAACGUUUCAUGAAUGACUUUCGUUUCUAUACUGAUCAUCUUACAUCUACCGGUAAUUACAAUCCCCUGGAAGAGUCGGUGCAGCUUGAGGAACGUUCAGCUCAGUUGGAAACUUCUAUCAAUUCCCUGAAGGAAAGUGUCUUAAAGAAUACCGAUCGACUUACAGACCUCUCGUCACCCUUGAAACCGAAACCGGGUGAAGGUGAUCAACCUAAAGAUCUUAAACUCGACCAAAUUUACACUAAUUUAAUUUUUCAUCCUGGAAGAGCCGAUUAUCACUUUCCUGAAAAGCGGCGGGAACAGCUAAAAGUGUACGCCAAACCAGAGACAAAAUUAUCACCAAACAGUCCCGGAGACAUUGUUGAUCAUCUGCACAAGAAUAUUCUAAUCGUUGCUCGCCCUGGAAUCGGCAAAACAUUGUUUUGCACGAGGUUUUUACGUCUUUGGGCAAGCGACCGCUUAUUCGAGGAAGCGCAAAAUCCAGAAUUACGAUUUGACGUUGCUUUCCUCGUUAAAUUUAGGAGACUGAACUUUACUGCUAAGCUUAACCUACGAGAACUAUUGGAUUACUCAGAAUUUUCACCAAAUAUGACUGAUGAGGUAUGGCACUACAUUCUUGAAAACCCAAGCAAAGUACUUUUUAUUUUCGAUGGAAUUGACGAAUACUCUGCAAGGAAGGAAAUACAAGAAGAUGACUCUAUUUAUAGAGACACCGUGGAAGAAAAAAUGCCUUUGCAUGCAUUGUACACGAAGAUUACGUCGGGAAAACUUCUUGAUGGAGCUACUGUAUUAACGACUACAAGACCUACUUCUGUAUCAUGCGUAAGAGACCCUGACCCUAGCAGAGUAAUUGAAAUUCUUGGAUUUUCAUCAGAGCAAGUGAAAAACUAUGUGGAGAAGUUCGCUGGGGAUGACAAAGGUGCAGGAGGAAGGGUAUGGGAUCAUAUCAGCAACAACCUUAAUCUCUUUUCGUUGUGUUAUAUUCCUGUCAACUGUUUCAUCAUUUGUUCGUGCCUGCUUUUCAUUCUAAAGACCCAAUUAACUUCAUAUUCCACUGAUGCUUUUGCAAGGUCAGCAACUACACUCACUCAUAUAUACAGCUGCGCCGUAAAGCUUAUAUUCUUCAGGCACAGUAACAGAUACCGUAAUAAAACUGUUGGCCAGGACAAAAUUACGACACCAUUCGAACAGCUGCCUGAAGAUGUGAAAGGGGAUUUUAAGAGGCUUGGAACAAUUGCUUUUACAGGAAUUAAAGAAGGAAGAUUAACCUUUGAAUCAGAAGAAGUUGCGAACCUAGAGGAUUGUGGCCUACUUCAUCGCUUGCCUGAUUUAAAACCAGAGGCAAAGCGACCAUUGGAAAAACCCAAGGCUCAAUACUGUUUCCAGCAUCUGACCAUCCAAGAAUUUUUCGCAGCAAAGCAUGUGACAGACACAUUGGAAGAAGUAGAACUGCGAGCAUUUGUUUCAAGUCACAUCACGGACGGUGCAUGGCAAGUAGUGUUGCAGUUUGUGGCUGGGCUUCUCAGUGACCGAAAAGAACCACUGACCGAUAUUUUUACUAACCUUCUGCCAGUGUCAACGUAUGAGGAAGAGGAACAGGAACUGGACCCGAGCAUAGUAACCUGUUGGCCAAGUAAGGAAGACGCACAAUUAGCGUUAACGUUAUGUCACUGUUUAUAUGAGAUCGAUGCAGACGAUUCAGCCGUACAAAACAAAGUAAGAGAGAUUGAUUUCAACGCUGUAGUGUUAAAGUACUGUCGACUAGGACCUGUUGAUUGUGCUGCAAUAGUCAAUUUUCUUAAAAAGCAUAACGAAAUUUUAAUGAUUAACUUGAGUGGUAACAAGAUUGGCUGCCUCGGUUGCAAAGAAAUAAGCGAGUUUUUAGAGUCUUCUACGAGUGUCAGUGAUGGUAACUGCAAACUUAGCAGCUUAAACCUCAAUCAUAACUUAGUAACAGAUGAAGGAGUAAAGUAUUUGGCUAAAGCUUUGAAGCACAAUAAUUGCAAACUAGACAGCUUAAACCUCGCCGAUAACGAAUUAACUAAUGAAGGAGUAAAGUGUUUGGCUGAAGCUUUGAAGGAUAGUAAUUGCACACUUAGCAGCUUAAACCUUAAUCAUAACUUAGUAACAGAUGAAGGAGUUGAGAGUUUGGCUGAAGCUUUGAAGAACAGCAAUUGCAAACUAAACAGCUUAAACCUCUGGCAAAACAAUGUAACCGAAGAAGGAGUCAAGAAAUUGGCUGAAGCUUUGAAGGAUAGUGAUUGCAAACUCAACAGCUUAAACCUCGCCGGUAACGAAUCAGUUACCGAUGAAGGAGUAAAGAAUUUGGCUGAAGCAUUAAAGCACAGCAAUUGCAAACUAAACACCUUAAACCUCACCGGUAACGAAUUUACCGAUGAAGGAGUAAAGAAUUUGGCUGAAGCAUUAAAGCACAGCAAUUGCAAACUAAACAGCUUAAACCUCGCCUGUAACAAAUUAACCGAUGAAGGAGUAAAGUGUUUGGCUGAAGCUUUAAAGCACAGCAAUUGCAAACUAAACAGCUUAAUCCUCUGGCAAAACAAUGUAACCGAUAAAGGAGUAAAGUAUUUGGCUAAAGCUUUGAAGGAUAGUAAUUGCAAACUAAAAAGCUUAAACCUCUGGCAAAACAAUGUAACCGAUAAAGGAGUAAAGUAUUUGGCUGAAGCAUUAAAGCACAGCAAUUGCAAUCUAAACAGCUUAAACCUCACCGGUAAUGAAUUUGCCGAUGAAGGAGUAAAGUAUUUGGCUGAAGCUUUGAAGGCCGGUGAUUGCGAAUUAAAAAGCUUAGACCUCGCCUGUAACAAAUUAACCGAUGAAGGAGUAAAGUAUUUGGCUGAAGCAUUAAAGCACAAUAAUUGCAAACUAAAGAGCUUAAACCUCACCAAUAACAAAUUAACCGAUGAAGGAGUGAAGUAUUUGGCUGAGGCUUUGAAGGACGGUAAUUGCAAAUUACACAGCUUAGACCUCGCCUGCAACAAAUUAUCUGAUGAAAGAGUAAAGUCUUUGGCUGACACUUUGAAGGAUAGUCAUCAG